AUGUGAACUGUGCUUCAACUUUCCGUGUUAUAUUUAUAUAAACAUUUAAAAUUAUAAUCAGUGGUAUAACGUAUCAGUUUUAUCUUACUUUAUUCGAAUGGAAGGGUAAACCUACUAUUCUUAAUGAGAUAACGUAUUUGUUCUGUGUGAUAUUACGUAGAAGUUUAUAAGAGGCAAUUAAACAUUUUGGAUCCAUUUUUGCGAUAGUUGUUUAUAUUUAUUAUAUAUAAAAUUUUAUUCUAAAUACACAACUUUGAAUAUGGCUGUUACCGCUAACAAGUUUAUUAUUUUAAAAUCGUUUUCUAAAGUUAAAAUAUUUACCGCUGCUAAGAUAUUGUCAUGUGCGUCAUAUAGCACCUCAUCAGAAACUAAUAAAAUAUAUAGCAAUAUAAAUGAAGCUGUAAAAGAUAUAAAAGAUGGCUCCAAAAUCCUUGUAGGUGGUUUUGGUCUGUGUGGUAUUCCUGAAAAUCUAAUUAAAGCAGUCAACAAUAAAACAGUAUCUGGUCUUACUGUUGUCUCUAAUAAUGCAGGAGUUGAAGAUUUUGGUUUGGGUAUCUUACUGAAGAAGAAACAAGUGAAGAGGAUGAUUUCAUCCUAUGUUGGCGAAAAUGCUGAAUUUGAAAGGCAAUUCUUAAACGGAGAGUUGGAGGUAGAACUUACACCACAAGGAACAUUAGCAGAGAGAAUCAGGGCUGGCGGAGCUGGCAUUCCUGCAUUUUUUACACCCACUGGGUAUGGUACAUUAAUACAUGAAGGUGGUGCCCCUAUCAAGUAUACAGCUGAUGGAAAGAUAGACAUACCAAGUAAGCCACGACAUGUCCAACAAUUCAAUGGCAUUAACUACAUUAUGGAGGAAGCUAUAACUGGUGAUUUUGCACUCGUUAAAGCCUGGAAAGCCGAUAGACAUGGUAACUUGGUAUUCAGAAAAAGUGCACGUAACUUUAAUCCUGCUGUUUGUAAGGCUGCAAAGAUAACAAUUGCGGAAGUUGAAGAAAUCGUUGAUGAAAUUGAACCAGAUUUUGUGCAUGUACCGUCUAUUUAUGUGCACAGGAUUAUAGUUGGAGAAAAGUAUGAGAAACGCAUCGAAAGAAAAACUAUUAGUAAACCUAAAGAAGAUAAGCCUAAAAGGCCAGCGGAUCUGAUGAGGGAGAGAAUAAUUAAGAGGGCAGCUUUGGAAUUCAAGGACGGAAUGUUUGCUAACCUGGGAAUAGGUAUGCCAAUGCUGGCCAGCAACUAUAUCCCAAAGAAUGUUAAAGUUUUAUUACAAUCUGAGAAUGGGAUACUUGGCCUUGGUCCAUUCCCAACUGAAGAUGAAGUAGACCCUGAUUUAAUUAAUGCUGGCAAGGAAACUGUCACUGUUCUACCUGGCGCUUCAUACUUUUCAUCAGAUGAUAGUUUUGCUAUGAUCCGUGGUGGUCACAUAGAUCUCACAGUCCUGGGUGCUAUGCAGGUCUCGAGAUACGGCGACCUUGCUAAUUGGAUGAUACCUGGUAAAAUGGUGAAAGGUAUGGGAGGCGCAAUGGAUCUGGUAUCAGCGCCUCGCACCAAGGUUGUUGUGACAAUGGAACAUGCGGCCAAGAACGGCUCACACAAAAUAUUACCGGAAUGCACUUUACCACUCACCGGCAAGAACUGUGUGGAUAUGAUCAUUACUGAAAAGUGUGUCUUCGAUGUCGACAAGGAAAAAGGUUUGAUCUUGACGGAACUGGCUGACGGCGUCUCCAUAGAGGAUGUUAUCGUGAGCACGGGCUGUGAAUUCAAUGUAUCUGAUAAUAUCAAGAUAAUGGGUGACGUCACAAAAGUCACCGAAUAAUUUUUUUUAAACGGUUUUAUUUUUUUAUAAAUAAAUCUAACGUCUUCAUCCGUUAUCAUUUACUUAAAAUGUAUGAUUAUUGUGUUCAUGUUUUAUAUUUUAAAUUUGAUAUAUAAGUUUCAAAUGUAUGUAUUGUUGUUGAUUAAAUUUUUUUUAUAUAUACCAGAAUGAAAUAUUUUAAUAUAAGUGAUAUGUCAAUAAAUAUUUUAUAUCUUU